UGGGUUUUCUGUUCGCGCCACCUCGCCUUCGCCUCCUCCUCGCCCGAGUGGGCUCGCAGGCCCCCGAGUUCCUCCCGCUCCCCGCCACCUGCCCCCCCGCCGCGGCGCGACUCAGUCUUCUCCCGCUUUAACCUCUCUUCGUUGCACUGACCACUGUCUGAAACUGAUCUGUCUCUUUGUUUCCGGCCUUCUCUGCCAAGUGUUUGCUGUACACACGGAGACACGCGUCCCCCAGGGCCAAAAUGAGUCUGUUCGGAACAACCUCGGGUUUCGGAACCAGUGGGACCAGCAUGUUUGGCAGCACAAGCACAGAUAACCACAACCCCAUGAAGGAUAUUGAAGUAACAUCGUCUCCUGAUGAUAGCAUUGGUUGUCUAUCUUUUAGCCCACCAACCUUGCCCGGGAACUUUCUUAUUGCAGGAUCGUGGGCUAAUGAUGUUCGCUGCUGGGAAGUUCAAGAUAGCGGACAGACGAUCCCAAAAGCCCAGCAGAUGCAUACGGGGCCGGUGUUAGAUGUCUGCUGGAGUGAUGAUGGGAGCAAAGUAUUUACAGCAUCAUGUGAUAAAACUGCCAAAAUGUGGGACCUCAACAGUAAUCAAGCAAUACAGAUUGCACAGCACGACGCGCCUGUUAAGACCAUCCAUUGGAUCAAAGCUCCAAACUACAGCUGUGUGAUGACUGGCAGCUGGGAUAAGACUUUGAAGUUUUGGGAUACACGAUCAUCAAAUCCCAUGAUGGUUUUGCAACUCCCUGAAAGAUGUUACUGCGCCGAUGUGAUCUACCCUAUGGCCGUGGUGGCGACUGCAGAGAGGGGACUGAUCGUCUACCAGUUAGAGAAUCAGCCCUCCGAAUUCAGGAGGAUAGAAUCCCCGCUGAAACAUCAGCAUCGAUGCGUGGCUAUUUUCAAAGAUAAACAGAACAAGCCGACUGGUUUCGCUCUGGGAAGUAUCGAGGGGAGGGUUGCUAUUCACUACAUCAACCCCCCAAAUCCUGCCAAAGACAACUUCACCUUCAAAUGUCACCGCUCGAACGGAACCAAUACCUCAGCUCCUCAGGACAUCUACGCGGUAAACGGGAUCGCAUUCCAUCCUGUUCACGGCACCCUUGCCACUGUGGGAUCCGAUGGCAGAUUCAGCUUUUGGGACAAAGAUGCCAGAACGAAGCUAAAAACUUCGGAACAGUUAGAUCAGCCCAUAUCGGCCUGCUGCUUCAAUCACAAUGGGAACAUAUUUGCCUAUGCUUCCAGCUACGACUGGUCAAAGGGACAUGAAUUUUAUAAUCCCCAAAAGAAAAAUUACAUCUUCCUGCGUAACGCAGCCGAAGAACUAAAACCCAGGAAUAAGAAGUAGCGGCCGGAGACUUCUGGGCCGUCGGGGUCGUUCUCUCUCACUCUGCCUCGUCUUUGUACGAAUUUGGGUCCCAGUUUUUGGUAGGUUGUCAGCCAUGGAUGUGGAUUUCAACCCCUGGAGAAAACUAUCAUUGUUCAGCAGUCGGGAGCCCAGCCGGCCACGGCGACUGCCUGUCACAGGUCUGUGCUGUGGCCCUGAGGGGACUGAAGUCAUUAGAGAAGUCAGCUUCCUGUGGGCGACUGCCAGGCAUUUUUCAGCGCUUCGUUCAGCCACGUCUGUAUUAGAGAACAUUGGGGAACAUUCUACGGACGCUGUACUGUAUUUUGUAAUAAAAUAUUUUGAAGAUUGCCUCCUAAGCUCCCUUUGUCUCUCUCUCCCCUGGCCUGCCCCCUAAGCUCUCACAUGGUUGUCCUGCCCAGCAUGAUCAUGGGUUUUGAUUUGUGAUGUGAGACGCCGUUGGGGGAGCAGCAGUCUUGCUGAGGAGGGCGGGAAUCCUGAGCCGUGCACGGGGGUCCGGCCGCUGCUUCUCCAAGCACCGGCUUCUUUCGUUCCGUCUUCCACGUCCCCGGUGUCGUUUGGCUCUGUGGGCGGACGUCCUGGUGGCUGGGACGGGGCCUGUUCCGCGUGCAGACCCAAGCGGGUGAUGUUUGUGUGGCCCUCAAGUUAGGAGCGAGCCCCCUGCAUGAGACGUGCGCUGAACUCCCGCCCAGUAACUGUUUUCAGGCGUGGCUUUUUAAUUUUUAUUUUAUUUAUUUCUCGUACUUGAAAAUUCUUGGUUGGUAAGUAUCAAAUGAAAUUCAACUUCGACAUUUGACCUUUGAGUCUGUUGUUGUGUUCCUACCCUGCGAUCCCAGAUGCAUCUUACGCUUUACUGUCUGGGACUGGGAUGUAAACUGGCUUGCUGAGUUUGGAAAUCUGGCUUUCAUGAUAUUGUAAGACUUGUUUGCCUACUCGUAAAAAGCAACGAAAAUAAAGUUUUCUACUGAAAGAGA